AGUAUUGAACAUGGCCGCCCUGUACGCGCUAUCCGUGCUGGGAUUUCUUUGUGUGUGCGGAAUCAUCCCUGUUUACGGCGGUGAACAGUCCAGUCAGGUGGAUAUCAGUGCGUCCCCGACGACACAGUCUGCCCCCAGCCAGAACGGACCCCCCACUGACGGGAAAGUCGUCCCCACCCCAGGGGGAGGGUUGCCACCUGCAGGGAACAGCCAGACCGUCACGACGGGGCAAAGCACGAGUGGUGGAACCGCAGGUGUUCAGGGUUCAAGCACAAAGCAGGGCUCUACUGUGGCCAAUGGUGGGACCACGUCAGGAGCGUCCUCUGGCGAUCGGGACACGUACUCCACCAGCCUUCCCACCGCCAUGAUCAAGACCGCUGCCCCUGCGGCUCCGGCCGCCCCCGCCGCCGACGGCAAAGCCACACAAAACGGACAGGCAAGCAACCAGCAGCCGAGCCAGCAAGGGAACGGCAACGGCGGGCAGAGCGGCGGGGAGAGCUGUCGUAUCGACAUGUUACUCCUCGUGGGAGCUCUGAGCGCAACUGUACUGAAAAUGCGAUUAGCGUGAUUACUUUACGUACUGGCAUGGAUGCGCCUUCAGCACCAAGGACAGACGCCAUCUUGCGAUUUUGAGAAAAAACUGCAAAACAACCUUCU